AUGUCAGUUUUAUUUUGGAAGAAUUUUACAUCUGUUGUACAUUUUGAUAUCUUCUAUUUUUUUUAAAAGAUGCAAUGCUAAUUCAGAGUUGCUGAUGUCCAAAACUCUUUAUUCUAUGAAAUCUAUUAUUUUUUAAUAUGAAAGAAAGUGAAAACCCAAAAGUUACAGUGAAUGAAGACUAUGUAGAUUUGAGAAACUAUAAUGUUGAUGCACCAAAAAAAACAUCAAUUAGAAAAAAGAAAUCUCCUCGAAAGAAAAGUAAAUCUCCAUUGCGUACCUUCCGCAUUAAAAAUGAAGGUCCGCGUUCCGAAAAAGAUUCAAAUAAUUCCAGGUUAAUAAAUUGCGGUUUGAGAAACCUGGUUACUUCUUUCAACGUAAAUGCUGGUAUGUACCAAAACCAAGCGACGCCUAGAAAUAAAUCAUGCUUAAGUGAAAACUCAAAAGUUGAUUACAGAUCUCGAAGAGCUUCACUCGGCGUUCAUGAUGAAUGUCUAAGUUUAAAGUCCAAAUCAGAUUUAUCUGUAUCCAAUAAAAAGAUAUCAGUUGAGCAUGUAUGUUCCAGCACCCCUGUUUUUCGCAGCAAAAAAACUAAUGUCGUAAGUGGAGAAAGGGUUGAACCACAUAAACAUAAAUGCACGAUGACAAACAAGGACGAUGUGGAAAAUGCAAAAAUUGUUCUUCCUCGUAAACAACGAACUCGUGUCAGAUCCAGAUCCAAAGAUUUUCACAUCACCGAUUCCACACAAUGUGUUGUUGAUACUCCAUAUGAAAAUGGACGUCAAUCGAAAGAGCAUUUAAAUAUGUCUGUGGAUCCCCGUCUGAAAGAAAAAUAUUCCAUAUUGAAAAUGCCCUGUUGGAAGCGAUCGUGGACUAUACCGGUAUUUUCUAGAAAAGGGAGCAUGCAAAAUUAUAAUAGUACUGACAAUUUUGAUGCUCAAACGUAUUUAUAUGACGAAGGCAGUGAAUUAGAUUCCUUGUUUGUAAAAAAGAAAAGUUUCUUUUCUAAGGUAUUUCCAGUCGAAUGCCUAAUUGUUUUAUCUGUAAUGGGCGCUGCUUGUGGAAUUCUUUUAGCAUCAUUACUGAUUUACAUAAUAUAUGGUAACAAUGUACUGCAAGUUUUCUUCAAGCCCCGAGAAGUUCCAGAAUCUUCAGUUAAAUCGUACAUUAAAUUUAUAGGAGGAGGAUUAAUUUAUAUUAUAACGAAGCUUUUUAGAACUCUAGGAGAUAUCUUGUCCAUACCGGUACAUUAUGCCGAAGAAGAUUUCUUUAGGACAUAAACAUGUAUUGCAAGGUCCAGCAAAAGUAUGAACCCCAAGACCCUUUUAGGUGGAAAACAGAUACUUGGUAGGGCAAAUAGUUUUAGUUUUGUCCAAAGUAAGGUUUAUCCUAUACGGUAAACAACAAAAAGCCCCAAAGAGGCUGUCCUGUCUUCCAAAAUAUAAAGUACUAUUAUUAAUUAUCCCUUAUAUUUCAAGAUUAAAUGUAAAUAAAUAAACAUAUCUAAAAACA